ACGAGAAUUGAAACUUUCUUGUCAGCCCCACACACCCUCGAAGAGUUUCUGGUCCAAAUUGAACACUUCAAGGCAAUUGCUGAUGAGUUACCAAUCGUGAACGAGCAUAUCAUCACUAUGGGUAUGUACAUGAUGAAUAGGUCAGAACUCAUAAAUGCCUUAGUACAGGCUGCUGACAGUUUUAAGAACCAGUUACUCGCAAGAUGUUCAGAAGAUUACCUGACUCUUUGCAAAAAGCUUGGCGAUGAAUAUCAAGCUAUACAUGAUAAAGCCUUGUCGGUACCUUCAAAUACAUCACAAUUGAUGGAACUUUUGAAGUACGUGCAGAAUGUUGAGGCUGUGGUACUGUUGGAAAUGGAAGAACGAUUACGUUUGGUUAUGAGUUACAUUAUAGGACUUUCGGAUUAUAUGUUUUUCACGCCAGUGGAAAUGAAGCAAAAUAACAUUACUUUCCUGUGGUAUUUGAGGAUGCCUAAGGUAAUCGAAGACCACAAGGCUCUGGUUGACGCCAAAACCGACGAAUUCCAAGCCGAUCUCAAAUCGCGAAUACAGAAAUUCACCGACGAUCUACGGCUGUACGCCAAGAUGGUGGACGAAAUGGAGCAAAACGGCAACAUAGACGACCUUCCGAAGUACCACAAGAAGGCCACCCAGCUGGACAAUCGUCUAAUCAACGCCAUGGAACGCAUCGACGCCUUCAACGAAGAAGAGGCGGCCUUUGGUUUCGAACUGUCCCAGUAUCCGAUCAGGAAACAGACCCACGACAAGUUGGGGCCCUACAAGAAGCUGUACGAUAACGCUACGGACUUUCUGGAGAAGUAUGACACUUGGAUGCACGCUCGGGUCGGAACGUACGACCCUGAAGACAUCGACGCCGAUGUGGGCACCAUUUAUAGAGUUAUCUACAAAUUGGAGAAACAAUUUUCGGAAAAACCUGCCGUGGCAGGUUUGGCUGGAACUGUGAGGGAGCAGAUUGAAGAAUUCAAAGACCACAUGCCCAUCAUACAAACUUUGGGCAAUCCAGGAAUGAAGGCCAGACAUUGGGAGCUUAUAUCAGAAAUCGUUGGAUUCCCCAUCGUUGUCGAUGAUGAUUUAACUUUAGAACGAAUAGUAGAUUACGGUUUAGACGAAUACGUUGAGAAGUUCGAAGCCAUAUCAGAGUCUGCUACCAAAGAGAACAACUUGGAGAAAGCACUCAAUAAGAUGGUGGCAGAAUGGAAAGACCAAGAAUUCACAAUACUCCCCUAUAAAGAUACUGGUACCUACGUUUUGUCCGCAGUGGACGAUAUUCAAGUCUUACUCGAUGAUCAUCUGAUCAAGACCCAAACCAUGAAGAAUUCACCGUAUAUCAAGCCCUUCGAGAAAGAAAUUAUAUCUUGGGAAGCUAAACUCCAACUGCUGCAGGAGAUCUUAGAUGAAUGGCUGAAAGUACAGAUUACUUGGAUGUAUUUGGAACCCAUAUUUUCCUCUCCUGACAUCCAGCAGCAAAUGCCAGAGGAAGGAAGGCGUUUCAGUGCCGUAGAUAAGAUCUGGCGUGAUCUGAUGAAAACUUGUUUCGCCGAUACGAAAGUUAUGUCGAUUGUCGAGAUUGACAAAAUGGUUGAGCGUCUGAAGAAGUGUAACGCUCUGUUGGAAUUGAUUCAGAAGGGACUGAACGACUAUCUGGAGAAGAAGAGAUUGUACUUCCCAAGAUUCUUCUUCUUGUCUAACGACGAAUUGCUGGAAAUUCUUUCGGAAACUAAGGAUCCUACUAGGGUGCAACCUCAUCUGAAGAAAUGCUUCGAAGGCAUAGCCAAACUCAGCUUCACUGAAGAAAUGGAGGUAACCGAGAUGAAGUCUAGUGAGGGAGAAAUUGUACCUCUGGUUGACGUGAUUCAGACUGCCCUGGCUAGGGGACAGGUGGAGAAAUGGCUUGUUGAACUCGAGACAGACAUGAAGAAGUCGGUUCAUAAUAUGGUGAAGGAGUCUGUUGAGGAUUACACGAAAUGCGUCAGACAUCAGUGGGUACUUAAAUGGCCAGGGCAAUGUAUCCAAGCGAUAUCGCAAACCUACUGGACAUCUGAAGUUACCGAAGCCAUCGUCAAUGGGCAUGAGGCAAUGGAGAAGUACUACGCCAAAUGUAACACUCAGAUCGCGAGGAUAGUGGAUUUGGUCAGAGGGAAGCUCAAUAUGCAGAACAGGAUAACUCUAGGAGCUUUGGUAGUGCUUGAUGUUCACGCUAGAGAUGUACUUUUGGAUCUUGUCAACAAAGGCGUGAAAAAUAUAACGGAUUUCCAGUGGCUGUGUCAGCUUAGAUAUUAUUGGACGGAAAAUCAACUGAUAACAUCAAUGAUCAAUUCUACUCUGAAGUAUGGUUAUGAGUACCUGGGCAAUACAACAAGGCUGGUGGUCACCCCAUUGACUGAUAGAUGUUAUAGAACGUUGUUCGGUGCUCUACAUCUACAUUUAGGCGGUGCCCCUGAAGGACCAGCAGGAACAGGAAAAACCGAGACGACGAAAGAUCUGGCGAAAGCUGUGGCCAAACAAUGCGUCGUCUUCAACUGCUCCGACGGCUUGGAUUACAUAGCUUUGGGGAAAUUCUUCAAGGGGUUAGCCUCGUGCGGAGCCUGGUCCUGUUUCGACGAAUUCAACCGCAUCGAUCUCGAAGUCCUGUCGGUCGUGGCCCAGCAGAUCCUCACCAUCCAGAGGGGCAUCAACUCCGGGGCGGAAAAAAUGGUUUUCGAAGGUACCGAGAUCAGGCUGGAUCCUACGUGUGCCGUUUUUAUCACCAUGAAUCCCGGAUAUGCUGGUCGCUCGGAAUUGCCAGAUAAUUUGAAGGCUCUGUUCCGGUCGGUGGCUAUGAUGGUUCCGGACUACGCUCUGAUAUCGGAGAUCGAGCUGUAUUCGUACGGAUUCUUGACAGCCAAGCCUUUAUCGGUGAAGAUUGUUGCUACCUACAGGCUAUGCUCCGAGCAGUUGUCGUCCCAGUGUCACUAUGACUAUGGAAUGAGAGCUGUGAAAUCAGUACUCAGAGCAGCGGGUACUCUGAAACUGAAAUAUCCAGACGAAAAAGAGGACAUAUUAGUUCUGAGAUCCAUCAAAGAUGUUAACUUGGCCAAGUUCUUAGUUCUCGACGUUCCCUUGUUCAAGGGAAUCACAUCAGAUUUAUUCCCGGGCGUGAUAUUGCCAGAACCGGAUUACGUAAUAUUCAACCAGGCCAUCGAAGACACUUGCGCGGAGAAGAAUAUACAGUGCGUGCCGUUUUUCUUAGAGAAGGUACAGCAACUGUACGAAAUGAUUAUCGUGAGGCACGGUUUGAUGAUUGUUGGCUUACCGUUUGGCGGCAAAACGACCUCUUAUAGGAUUCUAGCUAAAGCUUUAGGUCUCAUUGAAAAGAGGGGAGGUAUGGACGAGCAUAAAGCUAUUUACACUAUAAUGAACCCCAAAUCCAUCACAAUGGGACAGUUAUACGGUCAGUUCGAUCCAGUAUCUCACGAGUGGUCGGAUGGAGUCCUUGCUGUUAGUUUCAGGGAAUUUGCCAUGUCAACAACGGAUGACAGAAAAUGGCUCAUUUUCGACGGCCCUGUAGACGCAGUGUGGAUAGAAAACAUGAACACCGUGCUCGACGACAAUAAAAAAUUGUGCCUCAUGUCAGGGGAAAUCAUUCAGCUGGCAAACACCACGAAUUUGAUAUUCGAACCCAUGGAUCUGGAGGUCGCCUCUCCUGCCACAGUUUCUAGAUGCGGAAUGAUUUAUUAUGAGCCGGUAUGUUUAGGAUGGGAACCUAUGCUCACAUCGUGGCUGAACACCUUACCACCUUGCAUUUCCACCGAUUUCUACAAAACCAUGAUCUCUAAUUUGUUCAUUAGGUUUUGUAGACCGUUGAUAUGGUUCGUUUUUAAGAGUGGCGUUAAAGAAAUUGCUACAACAUCGGAAGCUAAUCUGUUGAGAUCUGCCAUGAAUUUAUUCGACUGUUUCAUGGACGAUUUUUAUCAAGAAGGUUUCCGAGAUAACGUCAGUGACUUGGAUAUACGAGCUCAGAUCGAAGGAUCCUUCUUCUUUUCCUGCAUAUGGUCAAUGGGCGCAACCCUCGAUACCAACGGUAGACAAAAAUUCAGCAUCCUUUUCCGUGGUUUGUUAGAAAGGGAAUUUCCGGAAGCGAUCAAGAAAGACCUGAAAAUUCCCUUCGAUAUCCCGAAACCCGAGAAACCUUACAUCUUCGUGAUACCUACGGGAGAAACCGUUUUCGAUUACAGAUACAUCAAAGAAGGUAAAGGAAAAUGGAAAUUGUGGUCAGAUGAAUUGGUCACGGCACCGCCAAUCCCUAGGGAUAUACCAGUUAAUCAAAUCAUAGUUCCAACUAUAGAGACAGUGAGAUAUAUUGCUAUAAUGACGCUGUUGGUACAACAUCAGAAAGCUGUGAUGGUGGUAGGACCUACUGGCACGGGGAAAUCCGUCUACAUCAUCGAGUUUCUGCUCAAAAAGAACGAUACGGUGGUUUAUCAGCCGUUGUUCAUUAAUUUUUCGGCGCAAACGACAGCCAACCAAACGCAAGAUAUAAUCAUGGCUAAACUUGACAAGAGACGAAAGGGUGUGUUCGGGCCCCCAGUACAGAAAAAAUGCGUUAUAUUCGUGGAUGACGUCAACAUGCCUCUGAAGGAGGUGUAUGGGGCUCAACCUCCAAUAGAAUUAUUGAGGCAGUGGUUUGAUCAUCACAUGUGGUAUAAUCGUAAAGAAAUUAUACCGAUGAAACUCAUAGAUAUCCAGUUUAUGUGCGCCAUGGGCCCCCCUGGAGGUGGUGGUAAUACUGUUACCCCCAGAUUCACCCGCCACUUCAACCAUUUAUGUAUAGAUGAAUUUGGAGAUGCCAUCCUCAUAAAUAUUUUCAGUAAAAUCAUGCUGUGGCAUUUGGAUACAAGGGGGUUCUCCAAGGAUUUCGAUCCUUGUAUAGAACAGAUUGUGAUGGCCACCCUGGAAAUGUACAAGAUGGCACGAGCGAAUCUCUUGCCAACGCCUGCCAAGUCCCAUUAUUUGUUCAAUUUGCGAGAUUUUUCCAGAGUUAUUCAGGGGGUUCUACUGUCCGUACCUGAGGCUAUUGAAGAUCUUGUCGCUAUGAAAAGACUAUGGGUCCAUGAAGUUCUGAGGGUAUAUUAUGACAGAUUAGUCGAUGACGCCGACAGAGCCUGGAUUUUCACCGCCCUCCAUGAAAUUUGCAUCAAACAUCUCGAGGAGAGUAUGAACACCAUGUUCUUGAGAUUGAAAACACCGCAGACAACUAACAUCGGGGAAAUCGAGCUCAGGAACCUUCUGUACUGCGAUUUCUCGGAUCCGAAAGCAGACCAGAGAUACUACGUGGAAGUCCAGGACUUGGAAGCUCUCACGGAGAUCGUGAUGGGAUUCCUGAACGAAUUCAACAACAUGUCCAAGAAACCGAUGAACUUGGUGCUGUUCAGAUUUGCCAUAGAACACUUGUCCAAGAUAUGCCGUAUAUUGAAGCAACCCAGAAGUCACGGAAUGUGCGUGGGCGUUGGUGGAUCUGGCAGGCAAUCGUUGACAAGACUAGCAGCUCAUAUUUCGGAAUAUGAUCUAUUCCAAGUCGAGAUCACGAGGUUGUAUGGAUGUAACGAAUGGCGAGAUGACGUAAAAGGUAUUUUGAGAAAGGUCAGCGCCACCGAUCUCCACGGUGUCUUCCUCUUCAACGAUACGCAGAUCAAGGAAGAAAACUUCCUCGAAGACAUAAGCAACCUGUUGAACACCGGGGAAGUCCCGAACUUAUUCACGCCCGAGGAAAAGAUAGAAAUCUGCGAGAAAAUGAGGCAGUUGGACAGGCAGAGGGAUAAGUCUGUGCAGACAGACGGCAGUCCGGUGGCUCUGUUCAAUUUCUUCGUAACCAUCGUUAGGGAGCAGUUACACGUCGUCCUCACCAUGAGUCCGAUUGGUGAAAAUUUCAGGGUGAGGUUACGGAAGUUUCCCGCCCUUGUCAAUUGCUGCACCAUCGAUUGGUUCCAGUCUUGGCCUGAAGAUGCCUUGUUGGCUGUAGCAACCAAGUUUUUGGGCGAGAUCGAGUUGACCGACAGAGAAAGGGUGGUUUGUAUAGAUAUGUGCCAACUUUUCCACACUUCAACCCAAACCUUAUCCGAUGACUUCUAUGAGAGAUUGAGGCGUCACAAUUAUGUGACUCCUACAUCCUACUUGGAGAUGAUCAGUACUUUCAAGACAUUCUUAGGUCGUAAAAGACAGGAAGUGCUGAUGCUCAAGAGCAGAUACGAGGUAGGUCUGGAAAAGUUAGAUGCAGCCGGUGCUGAAGUCGCUGUAAUGCAAGCGGCACUAGAAGCCCUUCAACCAGAGUUGGUGGUAGCUGCUAAUGCCGUGCAGGUCACGGUAAAAAAAGUGGAGGCUGAAUCAGCUGAGGCAGCAGAGGUAGAAAAAGUAGUUUUAGCGGAAGAGGCAAUCGCCAACGAACAGGCUAAAGCAGCUCAAGCCAUCAAGGACGAAUGCGAUGCCAACUUGGCAGAAGCGAUGCCAAUUCUGAACGCUGCCCUAGCUGCUUUGAACACCUUAACGCCUGCCGAUAUUAGUGUCGUGAAAACGAUGAAGAAUCCACCCAAGGGUAUCAAAUUGGUGAUGGAAGCUGUUUGUAUUUUGAAGGAUGUGAAGCCUGAGAAAGUACCCCUGCCUAGCGGUUUGGGAAUGAUGGACGACUAUUGGGGCCCAUCCAAGAGGGUGUUGGGCGAUAUUAAAUUCCUCGACAGCCUUAUGAAUUUCGAUAAGGAUAACAUUCCUCCAAAGAUCAUGGAGAAAUUACACAAGACGAUUCUUAACGACGAGAAUUUCGACCCAGAUAAGGUGAAGACUGCUUCUACAGCAGCAGAAGGUUUAUGCAAAUGGGUUAUAGCCAUAUCCAAGUACGACGUGGUGGCGAAGGUGGUUGCACCAAAGAAGCAAGCCUUAGCCAUAGCCGAGGCUGAAUUCAACGAAGCCAUGGCGUCCUUGGAAAUAAAGAGGCAGCUGUUACGAGAGGCGAGAGAACGGGUCGCUAAGCUCGAAGAAGCUCUGAGGAUAGAAACCGAAAAACUGCAAAGACUGACCGACGACGUCAAUUUGUGCCAGUUGAAACUGCAGAGGGCGGAAGAGCUGAUCGGAGGACUGGGUGGGGAAAAAACCAGAUGGUCCCAAACUGCGAAAGCUCUAGGAGAAAAGUAUUACGUUUUGACAGGGGACAUCUUGGUGGCAGCUGGAGUGGUGGCCUAUUUGGGACCCUUCACUUUGCAGUUCAGAACCGAACAGAUAAGCGGUUGGGUGAAGACUCUGAGUGGUCAGGGUAUUGUAGUCAGCAAAGAUUUUCAACUGACUGCUGUGUUAGGAGAGCCCGUUUUGAUAAGACAAUGGAAUAUAUUCGGUUUGCCGAGUGAUAAUUUCAGUAUCGAUAACGGUAUCAUAAUAAAGAACGCCAGACGUUAUGCCCUAAUGAUUGACCCUCAAGGACAAGCCAAUAAAUGGAUUAAAAAUAUGGAAAAGGCCAAUAAUUUGGCCAUCAUUCGUCUCAACCAACCGGAUUAUGUUAGGAUUCUCGAGAAUGCCAUUCAGUUUGGGCAACCGGUGCUCUUAGAAAACAUCGGCGAGGAAUUGGAUCCAAUUUUAGAGCCAGUUUUAUCGCAGCAAAUUUUCAAGCAGGGCGGUGCCUGGUGCUUGAAAUUAGGAGAUUCGGUUGUUGAAUACAGUGCAGAUUUUAGACUUUAUGUAACCACAAAACUGAGGAAUCCCCAUUAUAUGCCAGAAGUGGCGGUUAAAGUAACCUUGGUCAACUUCAUGAUCACGAAGGUGGGCUUGGAGGAUCAAUUGUUGGGUAUUACAGUGGCCAAGGAACGACCAGAUCUGGAGGCCGAAAAGAACACUCUGAUUAUACAAGGAGCAGAGAAUAAACGCCAACUCAAGGAAAUCGAAGACAAAAUUUUGGAAGUACUCAGUACUUCGGAAGGUAAUAUCCUGGAAGAUGAAACAGCUAUACAAAUCCUGAGCUCUUCGAAGGUGCUUUCGAAUGAAAUAACCGCCAAACAAGCAGUGGCUGAAAUCACUGAAAAACAAAUUGAUACUGCCCGAAUGGAGUACACUCCGAUUGCCGUUCAUUCUGCUAUUUUGUUCUUCACCAUAGUUGACUUGGCUAAUAUAGAUCCCAUGUACCAAUAUUCCCUGGUGUGGUUCAUGAACCUGUUCUCUUCAGCUAUCGAUAACACCGACAAAGUUGAAGAUGUAAAAGAGCGUUUGAAGGAUUUGGAAAAAUAUUUCACCUAUUCGCUCUACGUGAAUAUUUGCAGGAGUUUGUUUGAAAAAGACAAGUUACUGUUCUCCUUAUUGUUGGUGGUGAAUCUACUGAAGAGUAGGGACCAAAUGGAUGUAUCAGAAUGGAUGUUUUUGCUAACCGGCGGUGUUGGUUUGGAAAAUCCACACAAGAAUCCUUCUGAAUGGCUGGUAGAUAAGUCUUGGGAUGAACUGUGCAGACUGGAUGAGUAUCCCGCUUAUAAGGGUUUGAGGCAACACUUCGAGAAUAAUAUGGAUACGUGGAAGAAAAUAUUCGAUUCAACCGAACCUCAGGAAUACCCAUUACCCAGUCCAUUCGACACUAAACUGUCCCAGUUCCAGAAGCUGCUCAUCUUGAGAUGCAUAAGAUACGAUAAGAUAACCCCCGCUGUGCAGUCUUUUGUAUCUGCUAAUCUUGGAAGACAGUACAUCGAACCACCCCCAUUCGACCUAACCUCGUCCUUUGCCGACUCCCACUGUUGCAUACCCUUGAUAUUCAUCCUGACUCCGGGGGCAGACCCCACUGCCGUGCUGUUGAAGUUCGCCGACGAUCAAGGUUUCGGGGCUGCCAGACUUUUCGCCCUUUCCUUGGGACAAGGACAAGGACCGAUAGCUAUCAGGCUGAUAGACGAGGGCGUCAGAAAUGGCACUUGGGUCGUCUUGCAGAACUGCCAUUUGGCCAAGAGUUUCAUGCCAUCCUUGGAGAGGAUAUGCGAGAAUUUAACUCCCGAUACCACGCAUCCCGAUUUCCGACUCUGGCUAACCUCGUAUCCGGCCGACCAUUUUCCGGUGCUGGUCUUGCAGAACGGCGUGAAGAUGACCAACGAACCGCCCAAAGGCCUCAAGGCCAACAUCCUGAGAUCGUACGCCGGAGAUCCCAUAAGCGAUCCGGAUUGGUUCGACAAUUGCAAACAAGGUCCCACGUUCAAGAAGUUACUGUUCGCCCUGUGUUUCUUCCACGCCUCCAUACAGGAGAGGAGGAAGUUCGGUCCGUUGGGAUGGAACAUCCCGUACGAGUUCAACGAAACCGAUCUGAGGAUCAGCGUGGUCCAGCUGCAGAUGUUCCUGAACGAUUAUAGCGACGUACAAUACGAUGCUAUAUUGUAUUUGACCGGGGAGUGUAACUAUGGAGGAAGAGUGACAGACGACUGGGAUCGCAGAACACUCAAUACCAUUUUGAGAAAGUUCUAUUGUCCAGAACUGGUGGAAAGCCAGAAUUACGCUCUAGAUCCUACAGGUGCAUACUACGUACCGGAAAAAACGGAAUACGAUGAGUACAUAGCUUACACGAAAUCCUUGCCAUUGAUUACGCAUCCUGAAGUAUUCGGGAUGAAUGAAAACGCUGACAUAAUGAAGGAUCAACAGGAGACCAACCUCCUCUUCUACAGCAUACUUCUCACACAGGAUGCUCUUUCUUCCGGGGGAGCUGAAAAAACCCCAGACGAAAUAGUUUUGGACGUGGCAGCCGAUGUGCUUGCCAAACUUCCACCCCUGUUCGACAGAGAUGCUGCCAUGGAAAAAUACCCGACUUCGUAUAAUCAAAGCAUGAAUACUGUUUUGGUGCAGGAAAUGAACAGGUUCAACAAUCUGUUAGCAGUGAUUCGAAGCAGCCUCAUAAACGUUAGGAAAGCCAUCAAAGGUUUGAUUGUUAUGUCCGGACCUUUAGAAGAGGUUGUGAAGAGUAUUCUCACCGGGAGGAUACCUGCAAUGUGGGCUGGAAAAUCCUACCCAUCUCUGAAACCCCUCGGAAGUUAUAUCAUAGAUUUCUUGGCACGACUGGCAUUUUUACAGAAAUGGUACGAUGAAGGGGCGCCUUGCACGUUCUGGAUCUCUGGCUUCUAUUUCACCCAGGCUUUCUUGACUGGAGCCCAGCAGAACUAUGCCAGGAAAUACACCAUUCCUAUCGAUUUGUUGGGAUUCGACUAUGAGGUUAUGAAGGAGAAAAAUUUCGACGAACCACCGGAAGAUGGCGUUUACGUUUACGGGUUAUUCUUGGACGGGGCUAGGUGGAAUAAGAAGACGAUGCUUCUGGACGAAUCCCUCCCGAAAGUUCUAUACAGCGUUGUCCCGUUUAUCUGGCUGAAACCAAUGAAACGAGAUGACAUUCAACCUCAACCAACUUAUCUCUGUCCAGUGUAUAAGACUGCGGAAAGACGUGGGGUUCUUUCAACAACUGGGCAUUCUACAAAUUUCGUUAUCGCAAUGACUUUGGCCACCGAUAAGGAAUCGAAACAUUGGAUUAUGAGAGGUGUUGCUAUGCUUUGUGCCUUGUCCCAAUAGACAAGUUUUAACCGAGCUUUUACGAUUCUUUUCGAUCAUUAUUUUAUUUGGUUUUAUAUUGUUUUUGAAGUAUUGGAUUGUGAAUUUAUAAAAUAUAUUUUUAUUUUAGU